AUGUGCCCAUCUGGGGAGACUUGCUGUAAACAGUCCAGUGGUCAGUAUGGAUGCUGCCCUCUACCAAAGGGAUGUAGUAGAGGAGGGUCCAGUCAAGUCACGGAAUUGGUUAAGAAAGUUCCUGCUCUGUUGAUAUCAGAGAAUGUGGUUUGUCCUGGUGGUCAAGCCAUGUGCAAUCCUGGGGAGACUUGCUGUAAACUGUCAAGUGGUAAGUAUGGAUGCUGCCCUCUAUCAAAGAUAAUUUUCCUUAAGUCGGAUAAUGUGUUUUGUCCUGGUGGUGAGGUAAUGUGCUAUCCUCGAAGUACUUGCUGUAUGCUGAUCACUGGUCAGUAUGGAUGCUGUCCCUUUCCACAGGGAUGUUGUAGAGGAGGGUCCAGUCAAGGCACGGAAUUGGUUAAGAAAGUUCCUGCUCUGUUGAUAUCAGAGAAUGUGGUUUGUCCUGGUGGUCAAGCCAUGUGCAAUCCUGGGGAGACUUGCUGUAAACAGUCCAGUGGUCAGUAUGGAUGCUGCCCUCUACCAAAGAAAAAGGCUCCAGUCUUGUCAGGACCUGUUGUGUUAAGAUCAGAGAAUGUGGUUUGUCCUGAUGGUCAACAUGAAUGUAGGACUGGACAGACCUGCUGUAAACUGGCUAGUGGAAGCUAUAGGUAUUGUCCAUUACCAAAG